UGUGUUGUGAUGGGUCCGACGUUACUAGUAGCACGUAGAUGAACUGCGUCUCCGCUUUCCACAGUUUUCAGUAUUUUGUGAUAAUAUACGCUUAAUGCACAAAACAUGUAGAUAAUAAGCCAACACUAGCUGUGGUAGCGAUCAAGCGAUGGUACUGGACGACAAAUUUGUACAUCUGAUUGCUGGAGGUGCCGGAGGGACAGCUGGUGCAAUAGUAACAUGUCCUCUGGAGGUCGUGAAGACGAGGCUUCAGUCGUCCGUCGCAUCGUUUAAUGUUCGGAGGAGCAUUGUGGUUCAGGCGACGCCAGCGUCAGCGACGCCCCCACCAUAUGCCGGCGUGAACUUCUGUGCCUGCGGAGUGUCCGCAUCCGCGAACCCACUUCAAGCCAAGUCAGGACUCGGAAUCAUUGGAUGUCUGAGGUCUAUUAUUGAGAAUGAAGGACCAUGGGCACUUUUUAAGGGUCUAGGACCAAAUUUGGUUGGUGUGGCUCCUUCGAGAGCCAUCUACUUUGCGGCGUACUCGAAUACGAAAUCCUUUCUCAAUGGGGUUAUUAGACCAGACACACCGAUCGUUCACAUGGGUUCCGCGUCCAUGGCAGGUUUCGUUUCGUGUUCGGUGACGAAUCCAAUAUGGUUUGUGAAAACGCGGUUGCAGCUGGACCAGAGUAAAGCGGGACAGCAGCGGCUGACGGUGUGGCAGUGCUUGCGGGACAUCGUCCGCGAGGGAGGCUUCCGCGCCUUCUAUAAGGGAAUCACCGCGUCCUACUACGGCAUCGCCGAGACUGUUGUGCACUUUGUGAUAUAUGAAUAUGUGAAACGCAAACUGAGAGAGCGGCGUGGCGGCUGCUCGUGUGACACUAAGACGACGCGCGACUUCCUCGAGUUCAUGCUGGCCGGCGCCGUGUCGAAAACCUGUGCUUCCAUGCUGGCCUACCCACACGAGGUGGCAAGGACGCGGUUGAGGCAGCCUGGCAACAAGUAUGUCCGCUUCUGGCAGACUCUCUUCCUCGUGCUGCGGCAGGAAGGCUGGCGGGCGUGGUAUCGCGGACUCGGCACGCAGAUGGUGCGGCAGAUCCCGAACACUGCCAUCAUGAUGUCCACGUACGAAGCUGUCGUCUACCUCCUCACGAAAGACCGUUACUAUGACGACGUUGACGAUGACGAGGAGUAUGAGGAGACGAGCGUCGAGAAGUGAUGUGUGGUGCGAGAGUUGACGGUCGCCAUGGUAACAGUCGCCAUCCGCCGUCAUCUGCUAGCAGGCUGUGAUGGUCUAUAAUACGAGUGCUACGUUCUACAGAGCGAAUGGUCGCGAAGGAAAGAGACAGCUAUUACAUCCAGAAAAGCGACGACGGUUGGUCGUGGCAAUCGCUACGAUGGAAAGCGAGAGAAGGAGAGUGUUUGCAUGUUAUUUCUACUUAAGCCCAGCCGAAAGUUCUGAAACGGAAGAAGGCAAGGAAAGGUGCGUGUAUUUUUAGCUGGAGAUGUUCUGCCAAGGCGACGGUGCAAUAUCAGAACCAGCGCAGUCCAGUGUGGGCAACGCGGAAAGAAGUUACCUGCACACGCCAUCUGCGGUGGAAAAACUGGAAUGAAUACGUGAACGAUUGGGGAGCGCGAGCGCGAGCGCGAGCGCACGUGCUAGGGAAGUCUGACAUUCUAGUGCGUUGUAGAACAGCACGAGCAAUGCGAAAAUUAUGUAGUGGUUCAUGGUCAUAGAGGUCAAGCAGUGCUCAGCAUGCCGGCCAAAUGGCUAACUGGCAGUACAGCUUGUUCCACUACAUUGCAGUGUGCUGUCAUCUUAGAUGAAUCAUGCAUGUAGUGGCCCACCUUCGUCUGGUGUUAGCAGGUACAGCAGCAUUUCCGUUCGAGAGAAAAAACCCGCCCCAGCAUUGAUAUCUUGAUGUGUUAGGCUAGCAACCCAUCCCUCGGUGUAGGUCAUCAAUCAGACUCACAGGGAACGAAAAUAGUCAUCGGUUUAGGUGCACUGGUAUGGGGUACGAUCGGCUUAUGUAUACACGGUCACAACAGCCUUAUCAGUGACCAGGUGGGUAGCUACUCUAUCGAUUUCCAACAAAAUGGUUUUUUCUCGAAAUUAUCAGGUAUUACUUGCCAUGUGGGUAUUCUAAAAUAUCGGCAAUGAGAAUUGUAAUUGAAUUGCCAAGAAUUGAAUCGGUAAUGAUUAUUAAACGUGUUUUAAUUUAUUGGCGUAUGACUGUAUAUUACUAGCACUGCUCAUAAUGGUGCAGACUUGUAAUGUAAAUAUUGUAACUUGUACGUUUUGUGUGCAUGUAAAUUGGUCCAAAUUUCUUUCGUUUUCAUUUGUCCAGAGUUUAGACUCGAAAGCAUUUUGUUCGACUAGUUUUACGAAAUGCUCCAUUAAUUUGCUCCAUUUCGAAGUAAGUUUCGUGUCAA